UAUAUUUGGCAGCGGUAGACUCGUCAACUAGUUGAGCGACAGUGAUGUGACGUCACUAAUGAUAGGUUUAGUGACGAAACAUACAGUGACGUAACAAAAGAAGCGAUAUGUCCUAGGAGUAGAAUAUAGCAAGACAUAUCGCAAGUUGUAGUGCCAGCGAUAUCUCCAACAAAAGCUUUUACUGGAUGUUAAACACCGAUUCUCAGCUGCCAGUUAUCUAUAUGUUUCAGGAUUUUAUGCACCGCUUAUCCAUUAACGUUUUCAUAUGUAAACAAAAAAACUAACAAAAACGGUCAAACCAUAGCGAUUAUGACAACGGUUCCAUGUGACGUCAUAAUACUUGACUUGAAUGUGUAUACAGGUCUGCAGCACUCUACACUUUAAUUAAAGGUAUGAAGUGAAGUGAAAAUGAACUGUGUUAAUGAAUGUCUGUGAUAAAUAAUGGCUGACACGAUGAUCAGUGACCCUUCGUCUGCCGGCAGUGCUGCCGGUGGGUAUCUUGUCACCAUGUCGGCAGUUCCUCGCCAGAACUCUGGUAUGCGUCAGGGCUCCAGUGGUAAGCGCUCACGUUCAGUGUUUGAGGAUGCUAAUGAGUACCUGAAGCCGAGUGUUCAGAAUGCUGGCCGGCGCUGGAAACGGCUCCACGAGCAAGCCGUGAUGGAGAGGCUUGCCGAGAUGAGACGACUCAAGAAAUCCACCAGUUUGAAGACGAAAGUCGAACUUCAGAAACUGGCAAGAAAAAUUCCCAUAGAACUUCUUGCACAAGAGUGGCUGAAAGACAACCUGGCAACACUCGAUGUCCGUGCCUACUUGGUGGACAAGGUGUUCCCAACGCUGAUCCUCGGCGUGGAGAAACUGUUGACCGAGACGGAUGCGCGCGGUCUAGCGGAGGUGGAGGUGAUGGAUGCCAACUUCAACCCGCUCAACUACCUUGCUCAGUACCUGAUGAGAAACAACCCGCGCUACAGCAACUUCUCCGAGGCCUCACCAUAUGUACGCAGUCUCAGAGAUAUCGGAGUUCAGCUUCGCACGCAGCUGUUUGGUAUACAGGACAACAGACUUGCCCGAAUCAAAGCUGAAGUGAAGAGAAACCGCGAAGAACGUGAGCGAAUGGAGACUAUUAUGCUUCAGGAGAAGACGAGACGAGAGGAGUAUCUUCGUAAUCAGUUCCAGGACUGGAACAUUUCUCCCACUGGGCGAGUCGAACUCUCACUGUUGCAAAAUGCAUUGAAAUCAUUUGCUGAGAUAGUGGACAAGUACCCUGAAGAAUUGCGUGAGGGAGCCAGAUUUACCCACCCCCUCGAGUCUACGGAUGAGACUGGAACCACCUUGAAUCAAACAGAAUUUACUGAGUUCCUGUCUCUGUAUGUGGACACACUGCCAUCAGUGGUGUUUGAUCAGUUCAUGGAUCACCUGGUGGUAUGUGCUGCAGCGCAUCGUCUAGCCGUGGAACGUGAGGCUCGGAGGAUCCUCCUAACCAAUCUCUUCAUUGCUUGUGACCACAGUGGGAUUGGAAUUCUUGAUCGACAUCGUAUUUUGAACCUGUUUGAGAAAUUCUAUGACAAUGACAAAUUUGGCGCUCAGGAAAAGCUGAGAAACCCACGGAGAUGGCCGGUGGUUGAGGUUGAGGAGGCUGAUGACACUCUGAGUGACGAAGAGGAGGAGCCUGAACAAUCUGCAGAAGAACAAGAGUCUGUCUCUGGAGAGGAGGAGGAGAUGGAAGAGGUGGAAGAGGAGGUUGAGGUCGAGGUCGAAAGCCCAUGCCAAGUUGAAGAGAGAGCCACAAAAAGUGCUCCGGAAAUGUGGCAGAAGACUGUGGUUCAGGUUGAAAACACAGGUGUAAAAAGUGCACCACAACUUACUGUGAAACGUUUUAAACGCAAAAUCCGACGGAAGAAGAAAACUACCGAAAGUGAGCCGGAGAAAGAUGCAGAGACCGUAACUCGACGUAAUAUCAUUUCUCAAAGUGCACCUCAGAUAGGACAGAAAACUGCACCAGAUGCAGUUCAGAAUGGCAAGAUUUUAUCAAGUAGUGCACCUGCUGUUCUUGAAGCGAAAAAGUCAAAAGAAAGUGAAAAGGAAAAUACAGAAAAUAUCGGUCAACAGGAAGGGGGAAGUGUAGAACAGUUGGAACAAGAAGUUGAAAUUACAGAAGACCAAGAACAGCGAGAAAGUGCCGAACAGUUAGAAGAAACAGUAGAUAAUAAAAAUGCAGAGUUGAAGCAAUCAAGUGAAGAAGAUAAGCAAUCAAGUGAAGAAGAUAAGCAAUCAAGUGAAGAAGAUAAGCAAUCAAGUGAAGAAGAUAAGCAGACGAGUGAAGAAUUGAAGCAAUCAAGUGAAGAAUUGAAGGAAUCGACAGAAGUACAGGAGGAAUCGGUAGAAGUACAGGAGGAAUCAGCAGAAGUACAGAAGGAAUCAAUAGAAGUACAGAAGGAAUCGGCGGAAGUACUUGAGGAAUCGGCGGAAGAACAGAAGGAUGAAGGUGAGCAGAUUGAUAAGACAGAAGGUGGAACAGAGGUGACGGAGGAAGUAAAGGAAGAUGCUGAGAAACCUGAAGAUGUUCAAGCUGACGAGACGUCUGCCUCUCAGACUCAGGCUGGCCAGGAUGUGAGUGAGAAAAGUGAAACGCCGUCGGUCAAAUUCCAGGAGGAAGGGUUGAGCCAGGAGGUUGAUGGCCAGGCAGGAUCCUCUUCCUCGGUGAAAGCGCAGGACGGAGCUGUGGGGCAGGAUGAUUCCAGUCUGAUGAACGUCACCUUCGCUGAAGGGACAGCCUUCGACAGAGAGAAAACCAACACCUCCCUGCACAGCAGAAGCCAGUCUCAGCUGUCUGCGUUUGACGAGAACUUGCUGAAUGUGUCCCAGUUUGUUGGUGUGAUGGAGAACUUCCUGGGGGAUUCCCCAAACAGGACGCUGCUGAAAGAGCUCUUCAAGUUCAUCAAGCAAGGCUACGAGGAGACUGAGGAGGAGAAACUGAAACGACUCACCAAGGUACGUACCGAGGUUCUCUCUGCUAAGCGUAAGGUGAUGAUGGACCAGCUGUUUGAGAAAUGGGACAAUGAUGGAUCGGGAUACCUUGACCUUGAUGAGGUGGAGCACAGUAUGUACAAGUACAAGGAUGGGCAGGAAACAGCGGCCAUUAAACAGGCCAAGAAGGAGCUGAAGAAGCAGUACAAGUGUAUCGACGAGCGCCUCACGAAGCGCGAGUUCCGCACGUUCAUUCUCACCGUGGUGGACAUCGUGCCUGGGGCCGACACGUUCGACUACUUCAUGGAGUUCCUCACCAACAGCCUGGAGAGAUCCCAUGCUGAGCGUAUCCGUGGUGAGGCGAGGAAGAAAUGGCUUCAGCAGAUCGUGGCUGUUGCACAGACUUCAGGAGCCAGCAUGGAGCCAGUCUACAAGGAAGUCUUCCAUGCUCUCUUCAAGGAUGCAGAGAGUCAUGGCGGCGGUAAGAAGAUUAGCGCCAACAUUUCGAUGCUGGAGCACAACCCCCAACAACCCGAGCGGGGCCCCCUGCACCUGCGAUACGUGGCCGCCACCCUGGAGGAUGCCGAAUUCAUCCUCGGCAAGAUCCUCUAUCAGGACAUGCCAGGCAUUAGUUUUGCAGCUGUUGAAAGUGGCCAACCGAUCCAUGUUCCGAGAGUCGCUACUCACGGCAACAUUCAAUUCUGGAACCCUGAUCAUAGAUCUGUGGGUUCGUUGAUCGUGAUUCCUCUGAGAGACCGAAAGAAGCGAGUGUUUGGCUUGCUUGGCAUUGACACGCUGCGAGACUCUCACCACAAGGCCAUCUUCAUCACGCACGAGAUACAGUUCUUUCAGGGUGUGGCGAACUCAUUCAGCAUCGCCUACCACCACGUGGACCUGCGGCGGAAGCUGAUGAAGAUCACGGAGAGCGCUGUGUCGUGGGUCCAGAAGCGCAGCCCACACGUGCACGACCUGACCGUCUACAUGGUGGAGCCAGACGGCCGCGACCUUGACUAUGUACUCAGGAAGAUGAUGUACACCGACAACACCAAGAAACUGGUCCAGCACUCCGACCCGCCGCGACUCGAAAGGAAGGACAACCUCUUCAGGGACUACCUGUUCAAGAGUGUUGACAACUCUGAGUCAGUGACAGCUGAUGCGUAUGGCGAGCGUCACCUGACAUUCCCAUUGCGUGAUGACCAGGGCCACGCGAUAGCCGUGGUCGACAUCAGCAUCGGCACGCUCAAGAAACUUCCGCCUCACGAGAGCAAGGAGGCCCAGAGGAUGAUGCGACUGCUGCAGACUGCUCUGAAGGAGAUCACUCGCGAGUUCGCUGGGGCGGAAACCAACAGGGUUCUGGAUGCCGAGAUGGAUGACGACAUGCGUAUCGACAUCAUGUUUGACCGGAUCAUGCUGGUGGAGCUGCGUGACAACGUCACCAAACUGGACAACAAGGCGUAUGCUGAAUUGAGCAGCUACAACAAGCCGCCCAAGAUCGUGCACGACAUCCUGAAAGCCACACUGGCUGUGUUCAACCUGAGGAAGGCCCAGAAACACGAAUACGACAACUGGAGCAAAGUUAAAGCAAAUAUCAACUCCGACCUGGCUCAGAAGAUCUCAAAGUUCGACCCCACGGCCGAUGAAAACCUCUUUAACCCGGAAAAAGUGGAGAUCUUCUUGGAAAAGGUUCCGCAUUAUGAAGUGCUGAAGCACGGAUCGUUGCCCGCUCAGCACAUGUUCAACUGGGUGUUUGUGACGCUGUCCCUCGUGGAACACACCUUGAAGAACAAAGGUCUGGAAGGUGUCGAUCUGUCCAAGAGUGAAUCCCAGGAAACUGAAGAUGGAACACAGGGGGAGGGAGCACAGGUGGAGGAGGGAGCACAGGGGGAGGAAGGAACACAGGGGGAGGAGGGAGCACAUGGAGACGAGAAACAGGAGAGUGAUGCCAAACAGGAGAGUGGAGAGCAAGAAAAGACGGAGCAAGUAACACAGGAAGUAAAAGAGGAAGUUAAAGGAGAAGUGAAAGAAGGAGAACAGAAGGAAGUAAAAGAAGAAGAACAGAAGGAAGUUAAACAAGAGACCCAAUAGAAGACUGUGAUAUAUUUUUUACAAGUUAAAUCUAUCUAUAAAGCCCACCCAAUAUAUAUACUAAAUGAAACCUUUAUACUCUGGUCACUUGAAUAUAAAACUUGCCUUUGUGUAUGGAAGACACAUAUUUAAGUCUCCUUUAUAACCAGGUGGUGUAGUGUGGUGUCUUUUAUAACAGGUUUGACUAUAUGAAAGUAAUGUGACUAGGAAGCUGUCUUUGUGAUACUUUGUGAUAUUUUUUUCAGUUGUUGAUCUUUUAUACUUUUUGUGUUUGUGAGACGUGAUAUUUUUUGUUUGUUUGAUACUAUUCGUGAUCCAGUGAUUUAACAAAGAUUUUUUUUUUUUUUUUUUUUAUCCUUUUUUUUGUACUGUGCGAUAUCUUUAAUCCACAGUUAUUAGCUUAUUUCCAAAUAUCAAAGCAUUGCACCAAAAUGUGAACCUAGUUGAGCUGGUCUCCUUUCACAUGGUAUAAUCGUAUGAGGUGAAGGGAAUUGACCCGGGGUUUUGACAACAUAUUCAUCAUCAUCAUGGUUACACAUUGGUCACUGAAGAACCUGUUCCAAAAAUGUAGGCUACUGCCAUUCUUAACAACCUUGUGACUAACAACCUUGUGACUACAAAUACACUUUAAACACAUUUUCUUCUUUUUAAAUCCUAUUGUUUGUAAUUAAUAAAAUUUUAUUUAAUUUCCCAAUAUACAUUUUUUUCAUAUGUUAAUUAUUGAGAAGUAAAAUCCAGUUUGGGCUAUG